GGCCUUUAGAGGGUGAGUCCCGCUUCUCAAUCCCCUUCAUCACGACACCCUCGCCGCCUUGUGCAGGUCUGUCAGCGAUGAUGUUCUCACAGCAAUCCAGCAGCUCUCUUUCCUCUGAAGAGCAAGAGCUAUCACAAACUCCUCGCCCCUCUCCUCGGCGCAAAGACCCUGCCCGAAAACGAUUGCAAUCUUUCAACUCGAACGCUUCGCCUUCAUCUUCUGCCGCUCAAAGCUUGAAGCUUCCAGCCUCCAGUCCGCUCACUGAGCUUACUCAGAGCACACAAGAAAAGCCUCGGCGGGGUUUGAAGCGCAUACAAGCGGGUGUGACGACUUGUUGGAGCAGCAGAGAGUUGCCUAAACACGCGGCUGCUUUGUUCGAUGAUGCUGUAGCGGAGGAGCAGCAUGACGCUGCGCUGCAGUACCUCAAGUCCCUACAGACUCCCAUUUGGCAACCUUGCACGCGACACAUCACCUAUCUGCUGGAUCUAUCGCUCAGAGGUCUGGAAGAAGGACGAGCAGAGAUCAAGUCUGGAAUGCCCGUUAAUCCCGCCAAUCUCAAGCUGGACGCUGCAGUCGUUCAAAGCGACGAGAGUGUGCUUGAAGCUACUGCUUUGUUGAGACAGAUUGCGAUUCGACAUGGAUCUUCAUCAGUGCUCAAGGUUUUCCCGGCCAGGACGGGAAUGCAUGAAGAGACGGAAGAGGAAGGGUCGGCAUUCGAGACUCCGAAGAACUUGCGAGGCGCGAAUAACAUCUGGAGCGUCGUCAAGGCGGCUGGGCCUCGAUGUAAGACGGCAGAAGAGCAUGACAGCAAGCGCCUGAAGACCGAUCGCCACGCUGACGCCCAUGAUCUGAAGAUGGAAGCGGUCUGGAGGAAUGCUCGAUUGAUGUUGGAUUUGUGGCGCUUGGAACGCUCAGAAGCGCUAUCUGCAUCCUCAUCAAGCGCUCGCGAUGACGACCGUGCGGCAAGCGCUUUACAUCUCUCGCGCCAAUUUCCGCUGCAAAAAGCCCCGUCACGCUCUAGCCGACCGCGAUUGGACGUUGACGAGGGAUGCGAAGAGGUCGGCGAUGCGCUGGAUUUCGUCAUGAAUGGACUGGCCGACGAUCCGCCGGGAGAUUUGCAGAUCGGAAAAGUGGGCACCAGCGAGGAGGCUCGGCUCGAAAUUUCUGUUGGGAUGCUGGACGAGCUCUUUCAUCUCGCCCAUCACAGAGUGCUUUCGAAGUCGGCCCUUGUUCGAGGCAUUGCGCAGCGCUUAGAGAUGGUGUCAAUUAGGGGCAUUCGAUUCAUUCACGAAUACCUCGUCCGGUCCGAGGAGUCAGCGGUGCCGCUUGCUCUUGCCUUUGCUCAACAUUUGCACAGUGAAAGCUACGAAAGAGGAGAGAAUUGGCCAAGCGCUAGCGCGAGGCAAAGUCAAAAGGCACAAUCGAGUAUGAUCGAUGAUCUCGUCUCACGACUGCCUGACAGUCAUGACGACCUGCUCUACAUAGAUCCAGGAGAGCCUCUACUAGAUCUGCAUCUCACUCGCGGGAUCAUUGACGAAGUCGAAACUGCGAAAGGCAAGUUGCGGAAGGAGCUGCGAGCGCUCGAAGAUCGUUGGACCGAGGAUGUAGAUGAGGAAGACGAGGAAGACAAGCAAAGGCGACCGGUCAGACGCACGUUCAAAAAGCCAGAGGACACAUUCUGGUCUUCGGGUGAAGAAGGGCGGAGAGCUAUAGUUAUCACAUUGUGGAUGAGACUUGCAGAGUUGCAAGCCUAUCUCAGGAACGGCCACAUCUUCGCCUUCCUUCACACCGUUUUGAGAGCGCAACUCGACACGAGCACGAACGAUGCCAAGCGAAAGCGUUUGGCGGCGCUCUGCCGCACUUUGGUCGAGACACUAAACGCUGGAGCAAAAAGCACGGCCAGGCGUGCGAAGGCCAUUCAGCAAGACAUGGACCACUUGCAAGCUAGCAGGAAGCCCAAGCAAGGAGGUCACUCAUCCCCAGAGACGGUAGAGAUCGAAAAGAUUGUAUGCCGUAUCAAGGAAGCUUCCGCCGCACUGAAUAGUCUUGCGUUUGCUGGCAGGACGUUGAACGAGCUUCGUCAAGCGACACCCGACGAGCGUUAGGCUAUUGCAUCGCACGCUGUCAGAUUUUGUACUCUGAAAUCAAUGACAUGGGUAUCCGCG